AUGGCGUAUCGGAGAAGACAAGGGAUCGCAAGAGCUUCCACAUUCAACGACGAUAUCUACAAUCAACAACCUGAUCAAGAUCACGACGACCUCAAAGUUCACUCCAAUGGCGGAUCCUCCUUCAGAUCUUCUCAAUCUUUCUCUUCUCAUUCCUCCCUUGCCGCUCAAGCCAUCCGCGCUUCCGAUUCUCACAGCGAGAGCCGCGGCUUCUGGGGAAUCCUCGCUCAGAAAGCCAAAUCCAUCCUCGAGGAGGACGAAGAAGAAGAUGCUAAACAUCAACAACAACGACAACAACGAAACGUUGUCGUUUCAGAACCCGCGAAUAAUAAUAAUAACAAUAAUAAUAACAUACGCAAGAGCAUAGAGAAGACGAUGAAUCACAUCGGAGACAGUUUCGAGAAAGGCCGUAACAUCGUAACGUCUCAGAUCAAGAAGAAAGGAUCAACAGAUCUAGUGGAUUCAAGCCCAUGGCAACCGUUAACGCAACCAAGCCCACACGAGUCUCAACUCAAAGCCUCUCGUGACGUGGCCAUGGCUACAGCGGCCAAAGCCAAGCUCCUCUUACGCGAACUAAAAACGGUUAAAGCCGACCUAGCUUUCGCUAAACAACGUUGUUCGCAGCUCGAGGAAGAAAACAAACGGUUAAGAGAUAACCGGGAGAAGGGAAACACCAAUCCAGCGGAUGAUGACCUAAUCAGGCUCCAGCUCGAGACGUUACUUGCGGAGAAAGCAAGAUUAGCACACGAGAACUCGAUUUACGCGAGGGAGAACAGGUUCUUGAGAGAGAUCGUUGAGUAUCAUCAGUUAACGAUGCAGGACGUUGUUUAUAUCGAUGAAGGUAUUGAAGAGGUUGCUGAGGUGAAUCCUUCGGUUACUAGAACUCUCUCAAUGGCUUCGUUUUCUGGAGCUUCUUCUGAGUUGCCUGUCUCUCCUUCUGAACCUUCGUCUCCCGGUUCGCCUUCUCGGCUUUCGGUUUCUACUACCGAAGUUUAUCCGGUUUUGGUUCAGCAGAGUUCGGCUAGUGAUGUUGAGAGUCCUAUUCCGGUUCGACCACCUUCUUUGGGAUAUGCUGAUGAUGGUAAGAGGCCAUCGUCUCAGCUAGAGGGUUUAGAAUCCAAGAGUUGAUUAUUUAUUACCAUUUUGAUUUGUGUCUUGUUUCCGAAAUUCUUUUGUUGUUAUUAGCAGAAGUGUGUUUUUUGUAUUACCUUGGUUUCAUUUUGGUUCUAUUGUGUAAUAGUUUCUGCUUGUUCUAAACAUUUUUGCCCAUGUAAAUCUUUCGUUUUGAUUUAUUAGUUUGUU